CAAGAUCCAUCCCCUCAAUUAGAACGAGGAGGGUGCGGUCCUUUGACAUCCUCCACCAUUCUAUGAUCUCCCCCCUCCCUCCUCUUUCCUCUAAGGAUCCUCCUUCAUUUCUUAUCUGUGCUACAUGUACUUCGCUUUGUAGCCACAACCAUGGCCAGCGCUGUGGCAUACCCUGCAAGGUUUCAAGGUCUGAAAAGGCGGCGAGGAUCGUCUUUGAUUGUAAACUGGUGGCUGGUGGCUUCUUCGUGCUACUCCUGUCAAGGAUAUCUUCGGACGCCACCGACCACAGUGCCAAGAAGAACCACGAGAGUCAGGAGGGGAACACUGUGGGAGAAUUGGAUUGGGACAAUUUCGCCUCGUCGUCGUUGUGGUCAGAUCCGUUUGUAUUCCAACAAAAGCAACCAUCACAAUACACAACAGCAACGUCGAGUUUGCGUCCUUCACAGUGACCAAGCCGACCAACAACAUGUAUCGCAAGUCGCUGGACAAGUUUCCCAAUCUCUGUCACUACCGUUGGUGACAAUGUCUCAACUUCUGUUGGACAUGCAGCAAAGCGAAAGUCCGUUUACACAUAUGCUUUGUGUUUUAGACUUUGAAGAGGGACGACAGCUCUUGUUGGAAGAUGACAACCGCUCCUCCUGUUAUGCUUUGGCAAUCCAACCGCUCUUUGCUACUCCACCAUCGGGGGGAGCCAAAAAGCGUCGACAACAACAAUCCACCAACAAAAAGCCAAAACUUCCCAAGAUGAAGCCUCACUGGAUUGACCUAUGUCCUCCUACUGUCGGCAAACGAAGCAGUCAACCGGACCUUUUACUGCAGGCAGUAGCACCACAACGUGGAGGAGGAGCUACAGUGAUCGAUCUGACGGCUGGAUGGGCCCAGGAUUCCUUGCUAUUGGCAUUGGGUGGGGCCUCUCACGUGACCAUGGUGGAACGAGACCCCAUUGUAGCCACUCUGCUGCAAGACGCUCUCCGUCGUCUUGAACUUAUAGCACAAGCCAAUAAGCCUGCCUCACCGGCAAGUCGAGCAUGGCAACAACGAGCCCAACACUUGGCACAGACGCUGACUCUUCACGUGGGCGACGCACGACAUGUACUCCAAAAUACUACACUAUCAGAGCAACCAGAUAUUGUAUAUCUCGAUCCCAUGUUUCCCCCAAGGAGUAAAACGGCUGCAGUGAAAAAGGGCAUGCAGAUACUGCACGGGCUCUUUCAGUCUCUUGACGGGAACCCAGACCAUGACGCCACUAUACUCGAGGAAGCCCGUGAACAAGAAGAAAUGGAGCUUUUGCAGAUUGCCUAUCAGCAAGCUAAUGUCAAGGUGGUCGUGAAACGUCCUCUCAAUGCUCCCGCUCUCGGGGGGAACAGCACGGCCCUCUCCCCGUCACAGUCAGUUCGCGGAUCUACAAACCGAUGGGACAUUUAUCUCAAGAACUAGAUCCAGCUUACUAUAAGACUGUGGCCAAAUGAUCAUCUUCUAUUGAUCUUUAAUAGACUAGCUAGUACAGUUUCCUACCUAGGGCCCGCUCCCAGCCAGGAAAGGGCAGCAGGAGACUGACAAUCCUUCGUGGAAAAUACUUGGAGUGCAAACUGGACAAAGAACGGGAUCAAGCCGUGGGACGAGCUACAUGUAUCUGGACGUACCGGUACCUGUGCAGCAGGAAGACGGCUCGACUCGGAGCACAAAAGCUGCUUCAUUCAGCACGGUCUUGGAUGGUAGUCUACUCUAGUAUGGUAUCGGUUUUAAUGUAGAGGUGUACGAAUAGCUAUCUCAACCUGGUGGUGGUGGUACGGUGGUACAGUACCACCUAUCCCAGAACAAGAGAUAAGGGUACCAUGGUACCGGUACCAGUGUACCAGUACCUGUACGUACAAGCAAGUAGCGAUAGCUGGCGCGGCUGGAGCCCGCUCGCUCUCUUGCCCCACUCGCGCUACUUGUACAUGAUCUAGUCAGACACCCCUAAAUCCUGCAAUCAACAAAAAGUUUUACAACCUUGACCAUUGAUCUCGAGCUUAGUUAGUUAUUAAUAAUGCUUUAGUGCAAGGCUAAGUUUUAGUAACAUGCAUGC